GCGCACAGACAGAAGAGGGAGAGACUCCUUCCCCGGCAACAGGAGGAGGAGGUGGUAUCGUCUGUGCAGCGGACUACCUGUUGGAGCUCACGGCCGUGGCGGACCCACGCUGAUCGUGGAUCUGCGGGAUGAAGAGUCCAAUCAUGACUCCAAGUGUCUUUCUCGGCUUGGCUUUGUUUCUCACUCACAGGACGCCAACCUGCAGCGGAUUUAACAUCGAUGACCGUUUUCCUGUGAUCAAAGAAGGUCCAACCGCAGGCAGUUUCUUCGGCUUGUCGGUGGCGCAGCACCAACAGACGGAAGGAUCGGUCAGACCUCUGCUUCUGAUCGGAGCGCCGAAAGAGAAAGCCGUAGGUAUACAAAAUGUCAAGGAAACGGGUGCUGUCUAUUUCUGUCCUGUGACCCCUGAGAGUACAGACUGCUCCAGAAUGCAGUUGAUUAGCUCAACGGAUCCAUCUGAUAUGGUGGAGGGCAUGUGGCUCGGCGUGACAGUCGCAAGCCAGAGGGACCACCAGGCGAGCCGUGUGCUGGCAUGCGGGCAUCGCUUUGUGAAGAUCCGCACAGGCCAGCGGCGGAUGAUCGGGAAGUGCUACGUUCGAGGGAACGACCUCUCCUAUGACCCUGAUGAUAUUUGGCAGCUUCACAGUUAUGAGCUGUGCGAUCCCGGUUUCGACCACGUUCAGGAGGGAAUGUGCAACUUGGGCAUCUCAGGCGGCAUUACGGAAACUGAUGUCUAUUUCGGCUCGCCGGGCAGCUUCGACUGGCAAGGAAACGUUCAUGCAGUCUGGAGAAACCCAGUGGAGGAAUGGCAGCAAUCUGAGAGAAAGUUUGAGCAGCUGAAUAACAAAAGGAACAGUUAUAGGGGUUACUCAGUACUCGAAGAAAAGAAGCUGCUCAGCAGCGAUAGCUACACAGUGGUGACGGGAUCUCCAAGGAACGAGUCCAAAGGUUCUGUGAUGUUUGCCAGAGGUAAAGGCAGCAGUUUGAUUCCAGAACUUGUCAUCCCCGGAAAACAGGUCGGCUCCUACUUUGGAAGUAGCUUGGCUGCCAUCGACCUCAACAAUGACAACUGGAACGACCUGCUUGUGGGCGCCCCCUUUUACUUUAAUCGUGAGAAGGAUGAAGGAGGUGCCGUGUACAUCUUCUUGAAUGAAAAUGGUUCUUUCCAGAAGACGGCCACCAUGGUACUGAUGGGUCCAGCAAACUCUGCUUUUGGCAUUGCAGUGGCUGCCGUUGGUGACGUCAACCAAGAUGGAUUUCAAGACUUUGCAGUUGGAGCUCCAUUUCAUGAUGCAGGAAAGGUCUACAUAUGGAUGGGAAGCAAAAAGGGAAUCUCACAGAAUCCCAGUCAGGUAAUUGAGGGCAAAUCAGUGGGUAAAGAAGGAUUCAAAACUUUUGGUUACUCAAUCAACGGAGGAUUGGACAUGGAUGACAACCAAUACCCAGAUAUCUUGGUUGGCUCACUGGAUGACCGUAUUGCUCUCCUCAGGGCUCGACCAGUUGUCCACUUAACCAAGACCAUCAACGUGGAGCCAAAGAUUGUGGACCCGAACCAGUGCCUUGAAAAUGAAGCAUGUAUUAAAGCAACUAUAUGUAUGUCAUACACGCUGAGCAAUGGAAACAAAGACUUCAAGAAGGACAUCGUGGUUAAGUAUACGGUGGUCGCUGACGUGGAUCGGCGAAGGAGCCCUCGUGUUCGUUUCCUCAACAGUCGUGAUGAAACGGCCUUCUUGACCCUGCCAUCUACCGAACGGCAGUGCCGCGAACUGGACCUGACUGUCGUGGCACCUGUGAGGGAAAAACUGGAGCCAGUGGUCUUUAAUCUCAACGUAUCCUUACAUGAACAAAUAGAUCCACCCGGGCACUCGCUGCAGAACUUGGACUCUCUUCCAGUCUUCAGCCAGAAACAAAAACUCAGUCAGAGAACAGAGAUAAACUUCAAGAAGGCGUGUGGCUCAGACAACAAAUGCACCAGUAACCUGCAGCUGAAAGCCCAUUUUGCUGAUGAUCAGGAAAAUCCUUUCCCAAGGGAUGACGCCGUCCAGGUGCUUCAGUUUAACAGCAGUGUGAAGAAAAUAUUGCUGAUGGUGGAGGUGACUAACCUUCCGGCUCCGGGGAAGCUCGCCGAGGACGCCCACCAGGCCGCGCUCAACAUCACCAUCCCAGACGCCCUGAGGUACUCCGCCGUCAGGUCACAGAACCACGAUGUAGAAUGCAUCUUUGACGACACAGUUAUCUGUGAACUGGGGAAUCCUUUAAAAAGCAAGGAAAGGGUGUUUAUGCGUCUCAUACUUGAGACAACAGGGAUAAAUCUGCACACGGAAGAGGUCACAUCUCUGCUUCUUCUGUCCACUGUCAGUGAGCAGAGUGACCUGAACCCUGUGCCUGUGGUCCUGAUGAUUGAGAACACUAUCCUCACCUCCUUCUCCAUAGAGCAGCCACGUAUCCAGACAUAUUUCAGUGGGAUGGUGAUGGGGGAGUCGGCCAUGGUGAACACCACUGAUGUGGGCAGUCUGGUGGAGCUCACAUUCAAUGUGGUGAUCCUUGGACAGCCCCUGGGGGACUUGGGGAUCCUGAUGGUGGAUUUUCACUGGCCCUUUGAGAUCGCCAAUGGUAAAUGGCUGCUGUACCUGACGGAGAUCAUCAUGACAGGGACGUCAGAGACGCACUGUGUUCCUCCGGGUGAUGUUGUGAACCUUCUCAAUCUGACUCUGCCAGUCAGCAGAGCCAAGCGCACCAAACGGGAGGUCAAAGUGGAUGAUGUCGAGAAAACUAAGUCCCGCGCUACAAAUCUGCAGGCGGCAGUCACACUCGGCGCUUCUCGUAAACACACCUACUUGUUGGAAUGCUCUACCGGAACAGCACGGUGUGUGACCUUCACCUGCCCACUUCACAACAUGACGUCGUCAGCCAAGAUCACCGUCAGGUCCCGUGUUUGGAACAGCACAAUGCUAGAGGACUACUCCCGCGCUGUGUCGGUUGAGGUCAGAGGUGAGGCGGCACUGAGGCUAAUCAACCACGACCCAAAUAUCAAGAUGGAGAAUCAGAACGCCACGUUUAAAGUAGAUAUAACUCCGGAGCUCAGGGAGGAGGCCCCCUACCAGGUUCCACUUUGGAUCAUCAUCACUGCAGCUGCAUCAGGAAUUUUAUUACUGGGAAUUAUCAUUCUGAUACUGUGGAAGCUUGGAUUCUUCAAGCGAGCAGUCUACUACAGGAUAAUGCCAAAACACCGAGGGGUGAAAAUUCGCAAGGCUGAGCGUUAUCAGUUCAAUCUGGGAUUUCAGCCGGAGGAGCCACAAAAAAAGUAUUGGAUCACCAACUGGACAGAGAUGCAGAAUUACUACUACUGAAACCUGUUUUUGGAACAACGUGGACGCGGGACAAACGGGAUGAUGUGCUGGGUUGAUCCACUUGGCCUUUGCAGCGCACCGACCAAUUGUGGAUCGAAGUCCGCGUGAAAUGUAACUGUACUUUUUAAAAAUCCGAUUUAACCUUUUUUCAGUGCAAUAUGCCAAACAGCUUUAUGUCAGAUUGUAAUUUAAGUAUUGAUGAAUGCAGUGUUGUGCUUUCAAUUUGGGGUACGUCAUUGUGAAUUUUCUUUAUUAUUAUUAUUAUUAUGGGCUACAUUUUUAAUGUCUUCACGAAGUUGCUGGUUCAUUCCACCACAUCUUGUUUUCUCUGUAACCGGAGGACUGACUAUUGAUUCUACAAUAUCAUGCAUUCAUACAAUGUACAUAUAUUCACUUCAUUUCCACACACACCCCCCCCCCCCCCCCUCAAAAACCCCCAGAACAAACGAACCUCUGGUUCAAGAACCAGUUGGGUUCAGUAUUCAUAAAACUCUGGUACCACCCAACAAUCCAACCCUCCACUUCCACCAAGGUGCAGAAGAACCUUGCUGUCACAAACAGACAAAAUAUUAAUCCACAUAAUCACACAUUUAGAAUCCUUUUUAUAUAUAAAGAAAAUUCAUGCAUGCUGUUAAUUUGACACCAAAAAUUUGCGAAAUCCCCAAUAAUUUGUUGGACAUUAUAGCAGAUCUACACACAGGUACUCAGAGUGCUGUGCAAAGUGAGGUCAGAGUCUUGGACUUCCUCCAACCAGUGGUGCCGAAAAAAGGAGAAUAAGGAGAAGGAUUCUAGGAGCUCAUGAUUGACAGGGGCCUUUCGGGACCCCAAUUAAUCAAUUAGAAUACUGACAAAAUAAUAUGGGGGGGGUGGCCAAAUAAGAGUUCUUUUCAUGGGGCCCAAAAUCCCUGGCGGCAGCGCCCCUGGUCCUACCUACUCUGUCCAGUGCUCACACAGACUGGGUGUUGGGUGGGACGGUGAAGUCCAGGUUUGCUGACUUUGACUUUGCAGACAGUACUGUGGUCUUUGCAGAAUCAGAGUAUGUCUUGGAGUAUUUUACAAGCUGAGUGAGGAUUUGGAGUUUCUGAAUUUUCAUCUGACCAAGACUAAGAUCCAGGCUUUCAGUGGCUUCCUGAACUUAGCCAUCAGACGUAUAUGUGUAGUGAAAGUAUCAGACAUGCAGACACAUUUACUUAUCUAGGCAGUGACAUUUAUGUCUCUGUAUCCUUAACCUUUGAGAUCAAAAGAUCAUGAGUGACUGGACAGAGGUCAUUGGUGGUGCUGACACCUAUGCAGGAAAAUAAAGGUCCAAGAUGUUGGGAUCCAAUCCCCAAUACUGGUGCGAAGCGAUAGGGUGAAGAGAGAGUAUUGGGAUUGGACUCGAACCACUAACUAGUGACCAAAGGCGAGAAUUGGAUGUCUUUGGUACAAGGUCUCUUCAGAGAAUCCUUGGAUACCAUUGGAAUGACUGUGUAUCAAAUGAACGGUUACUUAGGGUGACUUAAAUGAGGUGUACCACAUGUCCAUAUCAACUAUGAUAUGACCAUAUCACUUCUCUGAGCGCGAUCCAGCAUGCAGGUCCAUUGAGAACCUCACCAACUGACAAAAGCCAAGGGGACAUCCACAUUUCACCUGGCUGCAGCCAAUGAAUGGGUACUUUCAGGAAAUGAGGACGGACCAGUUGGCUGCCUGGGUGGUUGCUAACCAGAAUCCAGGAUGACCUGACAAUGUAAAUAAAUAUAGAGUGAAAUACAGUACUGUGCAAAUGUUUAAGGCGCAUUUAAUGGAUAAUAAAAGCAUAAAAAAUUAUGAAAACCUGAUAAAUAUUCAUAAAUAAAUGAAAUAUGUGAUGAAUUUAAACUUUAAUGAUAACUGAUAUGAAAAUUCCAUUCUAUUUGCAUGUGAAUUUUGAUGUAUAUAAGUCGCUGAGCCUCAAAAAUCAUUUUAAGAAAAAUGCGACUUAAAGAAUGAGUAAUUGAUUUGCAAUCAUUUUAAUACUGCAUGAGCAUUUGCAACUGUUUGUGUGGUGUUCUACUGUCCAGUAGACUUGUAAAGAAAUUAUCAUUAUUAUGAAAUAAAAAUAAUAAAAAAUAAGAAUUU